AUGGAGAGUCACUUCUUUGGUGGUUCGGGCCUGAGCCCUGGGAAUUUGGAACCCGUGACCUUCGUGGAGGUGGCCGUGUAUUUCAGCAGGGAGGAGUGGGAGCUGCUGGAUCCUGCACAGCGAGCGCUCUACCGGGACGUGACGCUGGAGAUGUAUGAGUCCAUAACUUCACUGGGAUUACUUCCAUCCCCGAAACCCGUGGUGAUCUCUCAGCUUGAAGAAGGGGAAGAUCCCUGGAUCCCAGAUCUGCAUGGCGUGGAGGAUGUGACAGGAGACCUCAGCCCAGGUGACAGGAUCACAAAAGCAAAGGAGACUCUUCAGAAAAGUGGCAUGGCCCAAAGGCAGUUGAAUGGUGACUCUGUGGGAAAAAUCAGAAGGGGCGUCCAAAAGGGCCUGGAGCAUGGAAAGCAUCUCAAGAAGCCACUGAAAACCCAUCCAGGAAAUCGAGCAAGGAAUCCCCUAGAUGGCAGCAAAGGUCAAAAAGAGCCUAAAGAACUGACAAUGAAGCAAGCCUGCCAGAAGAAAAUGGAGAACCAAUGUGAUGAGUGUGGAAGAAUCUUUAAAAGUCAUUCCCAUCUUGUUAAGCACCAGCGCAUCCACACAGGAGACAGACCCUACAAGUGCCCUGAGUGUGGUAAGAGCUUCAGAAGAAACUCUAACCUCACUUACCACCAGCGCUCUCACACAGGAGAGAGACCUCACAAGUGCUCACAGUGUGAGAAGAGCUUCAAAUGCAGUUCACAACUCACCUACCACCAGCGCUUUCACACAGGAGAGAGACCCUACAAGUGCUCACAGUGUGAGAAGAGCUUCAGAAGCAGCUCUGAACUCACCUACCAUCACCGCUUUCACACAGGAGAGAGACCCUACAAGUGCUCACAGUGUGAGAAGAGCUACAGAAGAAGAGCAGAUCUCAUCUACCACCAGCGCUUUCACACAGGAGAGAAGCCCUACAAGUGCCCUGAGUGUGGGAAGAGCUUUAGAAGCAGUUCUCAACUCCUUGUGCACAAACUGACCCACACAGCAGAGAGACCCUACACAUGCCCCGAUUGUGAGAAGAGCUUCAAAAGCAGUUCUGUACUCGAGUUGCACAUACGGAUCCACACAGGAGAGAGACCCUACAAGUGCCCUGAGUGUGGGAAGAGCUUCAGAAGCACUUCUGACUUGAUUAAACACCAGCGCAUCCACUCAGGAGGGAGACCCUACAAGUGCCCUGUUUGUGAGAAGAGCUUCCAAAGGAGUUCUGUACUCAAUUUGCACAAACGGAUCCACACAGGAGAGAGACCCUACAAGUGCCCUGAUUGUGAGAAGAGUUUCAAAAGCAGUUCUGUACUCGAGUUGCACAAACGGAUCCACACAGGAGACAGACCCUACAAGUGCCCUGAGUGUGGGAAGAGCUUCAGAAGACACUCUCACCUCACUUACCACCAGCGCUCUCACACAGGAGAGAGACCUCACAAGUGCUCACAGUGUGAGAAGAGCUUCAAAUGCAGUUCAGAUUUCGCCUACCACCAGCGCUUUCACACAGGAGAGAGACCCUACAAGUGCUCACAGUGUGAGAAGAGCUUCAGAAGCAGUUCAGAUCUCGCCUACCAUCACCGCUUUCACACAGGAGAGAGACCUCACAAGUGCUCACAGUGUGAGAAGAGCUACAGAAGAAGAGCAGAUCUCAUCUACCACCAGCGCUUUCACACAGGAGAGAAGCCCUACAAGUGCCCUGAGUGUGGGAAGAGCUUCAGAAGCAGUUCUCAACUCCUUGUGCACAAACUGACCCACACAGCAGAGAGACCCUACAAGUGCCCCGAUUGUGAGAAGAGCUUCAAAAGCAGUUCUGUACUCGAGUUGCACAUACGGAUCCACACAGGAGAGAGACCCUACAAGUGCCCUGAGUGUGAGAAGAGCUUCAAAAGCACUUCUGACUUGAUUAAACACCAGCGCAUCCACACAGGAGAGAGACCCUACAAGUGCCCUGAUUGUGAGAAGAGCUUCAAAAGUAGUUCUGUACUUAAUUUCCACAAACGGAUCCACACAGGAGAGAGACCCUACAAGUGUCCUGUUUGUGAGAAGAGCUUCAAAAGGAGUUCUGUACUCAAUUCGCACAAACGGAUCCACACAGGAGAGAGACCCUACAAGUGCCCUGAUUGUGAGAAGAGCUUCAAAAGGAGUUCUGUACUCAAUUUGCACAAACGGAUCCACACAGGAGAGAGACCCUACAAGUGCCCUGAUUGUGAGAAGAGCUUCAAGAGCAGGUCCGAGGUUAUUAUCCACCAGCGCAUCCACACAGGAGAGAGACCCUACAAGUGCCCUGAGUGUGCAAAGGGCUUCAAAAGCAGUUCUGAACUUAGAUCCCACAAGCGCGUCCACAAAGGAGACAAGCCGUAGUAGUGCCUUGAGUGUGGGAAGAGCUUCCGCCAGAGCUCGAACCUGAGGUGACACCAGCGGAGCCACACCGGGGAACGACCCUACAAGCGCCUGGAUUGCGGGAGGACCUUCGGCAACUUCUCUGACCUGGUCACCCCCCUCCACAUCCACAAGGGAGAGAAGGGAGCAUAUAAAUGCAACGAGUGCGGGACGACGUUCAACUGGAGGCAUAACUUGGUCCGUCACCAGCGCCUGCACACAGGCGAGCGGCCCUACAAGUGCUCCGAGUGUGGGAAGGGCUUCAACGACAGCUCCCCGCUGCUCAUCCACGAGAUGCUCCACCGGGGAGAGAAGCCCUACAAGUGCCUGAGCUGUGGGAAGAAAUUCAUCCAGAGCUCCCACCUCAUUGCCCACCAGUCCGUGCACACUGAAGAGAAGCCCUAUGUGUGCCCCGACUGCGGGAAGCGCUUCGCCCGCCACCAAUACCUCAUCAUGCACCGCCGUGUCCACACGGGCGAGAGGCCCUACGAGUGCCAGGACUGCGGGAAGAGCUUCCGCAAGAGCUCCGACCUCGUCCGCCACAAGACGGUGCACACGGGUGAGAAACCCUACAAGUGCCCCGUGUGUGGGAAGGGUUUCACCCAGAACUUCCGCUGUAACGCGCAUAAAAAGGUCCAUCUUGUGGAGAAGCCCCACAAGUGUCCUGAGUGUGGGAAAAGCUUUGAUGACAGCUCCGACCUUGCUUCCCACCAGCUGGAGAAGUGCUGCAAGUGUCCCGACAGCGGGAUAAAACUCGGUGACAGCACCAAGCUCCAAAAGCAGAGCUUGGUGCACAAACCUGAGAAAUUCUAUCUCUGCUCUGACUGUGGGAAGUGCUUCAGUCGCCGUUCCAACCUCAACCAGCACAAGAAGCUCCACACCGGGGAGAGACCCCACAAAUGCCCCGAGUGCGGGCUGAGCUUCACCAACACCUCACACCUUAUCGUUCACUAUCGGAUCCACACCGGGGAGAGACCCUACAGGUGCCAUGAGUGUGGGAAGGGCUUCACCAUGAGCACCAAAUGCCUGAAGCAUGAGAGGACCCACACGGGAGAAACUCCCUACAGGUGCUCCAAGUGUGGGAAAACCUUCCACUGGAGGAACAACCUGAUCCAACGCCAGCACCUGCACACAGGUGAGCAGCCCUACAAGUGUCCCGAGUGUGAGAAUAGCUUCAAUGACAGCUCCAACCUCAUGUCCCACCAGCGGAUCCACUGGUUGGAGCGGCCACACGUGUGCUUCAGCUGCAGGAAGAACUUCAACCAGAGCCCUGUGCUUGUCCAGCACAGCAGGCUGCUUAUGUGUGAGAAACCUUAUCUCUGCUUGGACUGUGGGAAGAGAUUCACCCAGAGCACUGGCCUUAUUAUUUGUUGGUGAAUCCACACUGGGGAGAGACCCUACAGCUGCCUGGACUGCAGGAAGAGCUUCUGUAGUAGCUCCGACCUCGUGUGGCACCAGUGGACCCUCAGCGGGGAGAGACCCUAUAAAUGUCCCGACUAUGGGAAGGGCUCCAAGUGCAUCACCCACCAGAGGAGCCACAUGGGAGAAGCUCCCUAUAAGUGCUCAGUGUGUGGGAAGACCUACAAAGCAAAGGUGUCCCACCAGAAACUGCAUGUGGAGGAGAAAGCGUUGUGCAAGAAUGGGGUCAGCCCAUCUGGAGCUGGUGAGGACCUAAAAGUCCAACCUUAA